AAAUGGCGGCAAUUUCUAGGCAAAAAGCUGUAACUUUUUGUCAAAAUGUGCUAAAAAUGAAGGAGAAAACAAUCGGUAAAAUCAAACCCAGUGUGUUUUGCAACGAGUACGCUGAAAAAUUCACCAAGCGAGUUCCCUUCACCUCCGUUUUUGACAAUUACGUAUUGCGAUCUAAAGGACACAACUGGAACUCCCUCAAAAAUGACCCUUCACUUCUAAAAGCGCCAGGAGCAUCUUGGUUCAAUGGAAUGUUGGAAGGAAAAUUUGGAUCCUCUUGUCAAGUCGCAGCCACUUUCUCCAAACUCAUAUUGGAAUCUCUGGGUCUCAAAUCGAGAAUAAUCAUAUCGAGAGUACACUUAUUUCCAGUUACGAUCAUUCACUCUUUAGUUAUAACCGAAGAUGAAGAAGGAGACCUGUCAAUUAUCGAUUUGGGCAACAGACUGACACCCUUGCCCUUAUCGAUACCAUUAAAAAUGGCAGUAAAUGAGAAGUCGGAGGUAUUUGAAGCAGGCGAUACAUAUACCUAUAUGAUCAGAACAGGCGAGCAUAGCUACGAAAGAUGGAUUGGAUACGAACUAAAUUCUGAUGGAUCAAUCAAAGAUGCUGUCUUGUUCAAUGAUUUCACAUUGGAUGACACUUACGACUUCUAUGACAGUUAAGUUUAUAAAUAUUUCUGAAAAAUUUUUAUGAUUUCUUUGAAAAUUCGCUAUCCAUUUUUGGCCGACCGACCCUAAAAUUUUUCUAAUGGCGCCUUUGCAUAAAUAAUUUUGAAAGAGUGCGCGGCAGUUUUUUUUUGGUCAAAACCUUCCAACAUAUACUCAAGCAUAUGCACGGCUUUUUGGUCAUGUUUCUACAAAAAAUCUUCUGCGGCGCAGAAAAUUUUGUCAAAACAGGGUCUUCAUGAUAAUUUAAGAGAGCUUGGGAAAUCAAUUCGAUCGAUUUAAAAGUCAUCGAAACGUUCGAUUUUUUUUUUGAAAAUCCCCUUAAUCGAGAUAAUCCUUUAUCCGCCCUAGUCCCACCAUAUUAAUUACUCGACGUAUUAAUUACUUGAAGGUGAGGCUUCCCUUCUCGCUGCAAGAAGUCCACCGUCCAUUGAAGGACUUUGGCGGAAUUGUCUUCUCCUUGGCACGUUUCUCCAAAAAAAAUGUGGAUCCCGAUUUCCUGAAUCACUUUUAUAUCUCUUUUAUUUGUUUCGAAACCGGGUAAAUUGUUUCCAAUCUUUAUUAAUGAAACUUUAAUUAAUUUCCAGGCC